GGAUUUCAAGGUCGAGCAUCAUGGCUUUUGCGAUGCGUCGCAAAAGGCUUAUGGGGCGGCCAUAUAUGUGUCAGGUUGACUUCAUGUUUAUUCUUUUCUUUUAUUAAUGUAUUACAAUAGUUUAUGUCUUCAGUAUACAUCUCAUUCAUUGUUCACGCCGCGAUCACACGUCCGCACUCCCUGGCAUCUCGCAGCAACUCCCCCUCUCUCCUGCUCUUUCUCUUGACAUAUGUCCGCGUAGAAGUGGGCAGCACCAUUAUGGUGCAACUCCUAACCGCGAAAACACGGGUAGCACCAGUCAAAACGGUUUCGUUCCCAAGACUGGAGCUGUGCGGAGCGUUAUUGCUUUCCGAAAUGGCUGCAGCCAUCAUUCCGCAGAUGCCUACGAUUAACUCCGAACUUUACUGUUGGACGGACUCCACGAUCGUGCUUGCAUGGUUAAGCAAGCCAGCGUGCCAGUGGACCACAUUUGUAGCCAAUAGGGUGACGAAGAUUGCCCAGGCCACAAAAACAGAGAAUUGGUCUCAUGUUCAAUCUGAGCAUAAUCCAGCAGACCUGGCAAGUAGAGGAGUUUCCCUCCAAGAUCUAGCCGAUAGCCAGUUAUGGUGGCACGGACCGACUUGGUUGCAAAAUCCACGCAACCAAUGGCCAACUCAGGUCGACAACGCUCCGGUGACCGACCUGGAGAAGCGUGCUCUAAAAGUCCAUCUCGCAAAAGCUCCUUCUGAAGAGUUGUUGGCACGUUUCUCCAAGCUAGAGAAAGCUCUACGAGUCCUUGCUUAUGUUCAUCGCUUCAUUCAGCGGUGCAGGAAGCAGACAUCUCCAUCUGAUGUGCAUCUACUGGCCACUGAAAUCGCCGCCGCCGAGCGGUUCCUAAUUUCGAACACUCAGCGCAGAGAAUUCCCUGUGGAAUAUCACUGCCUAAGUGAAAAGCGUCCAGUGCCAAGUGCAAGUGCCAUCCUAAGCAUGAACCCGUUUCUAGAUCCGCAAGGACUGAUCAGGGCGUGCGGCCGUGUGGCGGCUUCCGAAAGCCUUCAUCCAGCCGGCAUCCAGUGAUUCUUCCGUAUAACUGCCUGCUUUCUCGCCUCCUCAUCGAAUAACUCUCCAUGGUGGUAACCAGUUAAUGGUGCGCCUCAUCCGGUCGAAAUACUGGAUUCCGAGAAUUAAGAACCUGAUGAAGGCAGUAGUAAAUUCGUGCAAAGUAUGUGUGAUCCACAAAAAGCGGUUGCAAAGCCAACUGAUGGGUGUCCUGCCCAAAGAAAGAGCAUCAUUCUCCCGACCAUUCAGGUAUACUGGCAUGGAUUACGCCGGUCCGUUCGAUAUAAAGAACUAUACGGGAAGAGCAUGUCUUAUUACAAAGGGGUAUGUGUUAGUUUUUGUUUGAUUCUCCACCCAGGCCAUUCAUUUAGAGCCUACAUCUGACUUAACGACCGAAAAGUUUCUUGCCGCUUUCUCUCGUUUUGUAUCCAGAAGAGGGUGUCCACGUCAAGUCCAGUCAGACAAUGGCAAAACCUUUGUUGGCGCUGCCACCCUGCUUUCCCGCGAUUUCCUUCAAGCCGU